CGUUGCGAUCCACCUUAAUACGUUGCUGAAACAACUUGGUUUACCUUAAGACGUACAGUGUGGCAGCGUCAGGAAAACGUUAGCAGCUGAUUGUUUCGUGAAGUUUGGGUCAUUCCUAAAUUUAUUUACAUUUUUCCUACAUUCUUGCUAAUCACUUGCCGAGGUGGCAUUUUCAUUGUCUGCAUUUUAUUUGUUAUAACUCGAGUUCUGAUUAUACAGUACGUUUGUAAUCAAGAAACUUUGCAAACUUGUAUGAGACUGGGAAUGCAGUAUUUACCUCUAACACGCUAACCUGAAGUCGGAGACGUAGGUUAGGGUACAAAGUUCACGUGGCAACGUGUUUUAUGUGUAUCGACGGCUCGUUUGGUAUUACAAGAAAUAUGUCAGAGAAGAAUAUGAGCGCCAUGCUGUCCGUCAGUCCGUCCAGGGGACUAGUGGAUGAAAAGUUCCGAGUGGUUGUGAAGAAUUUGUUAUCUGGACAAGACGUCACUCUGCACUCCCUACUGCGCUCUGAGGAUGACGACCUCUGGCAGGCUUUUGGACAUUAUGUCAGCGAUGAUGAAGGAACCGUGAAAGUUGCAGAACAUGUGUGUGUGGGAGGAUCGUACCAGGGCAUGGAGCCCAUGGGUCUGCUCUGGAGCAUGAAGCCAGUGCCUGGGAGUAGAACAGGACUCAGGUUGCGGAAGAAGGAUCUCAGCACCCCGAUGUUGGUGCACAUCUCUGUGUACUGUGGCCACAUCAGCCAGGGGUUCAGAGAGACGAAGGCGUUGGCUUGUGCCGUCGCCGAGCGCUGGUACAUGGCGCCAGGCGUCCGCAGGGUAGAGGUCACAGAGGGCGGGGUCAGAGGAACGCUCUUCCUGCCUCCAGGUUCUGGACCUUUCCCUGGAAUUUUGGACAUGUGGGGAGGGGGUGGAGGCUUAGUGGAGUACCGUGCCGCCCUGCUUGCAUCACAUGGGUACGUUUCCAUGGCACUGGACUACAUGUCACCAAAGGCCUUGUCAGACCCCUCUAGACAAGUUGGAAAACAGUACUUUGAGGCUGCAUUCACCAUUCUGAAGGAGCAUCCCCAGGUGUGCAGUGACCGGGUCGCCAUGUUUGGACUGUCCUUUGGCACCUCCGUUGUCCUGUCGAUGGCGGUGUACUCGUCCGUGAUCCAGCCCAGGUGCCUGGUAUGUUUGAGCGGGAGCCACGUGCAGCCACUGCGGGGAUCUCUGGCUGACGUCUUUAAGGAUAUUGAGAAAGAUUCCCACAAGACCCGUUAUGAUGAGGAGCAUCGAGUGAUCAGGCGAGAUCUUCUCUUGCCGAUACCCUCCGACCCCAGCAAGAAGGUUGCUGUGGGGCAGUUACAGUGUCCUCUGCUGUUGAUCGUGGGUGAAGAUGAUCAGAACUGCGCAUCUGCUGAGUCGGCUGAAGACAUGGAGACGAUGAUGGAGGAGGCUGGAAACAGUCAUCUGUUGACCAUCCUCUCCUACCCUGGGGCGGGACACCUGAUUGAGCCCCCCUACACCCCGCACAUUGCCUUUAGCAACUUCAUGGUUACUGCGUCAGGAGGAAAAGUGGUGGCUCUCUGGGGAGGGGAGGUCAGAGCGCACUCUAGUGCCCAGGAGGACUCCUGGCACAGAAUCUUGGCCUUCCUGGAGCAGCACCUGUACGGCCCAGACCUGAAAACCUGUACGGCCCAGGCCUGAAAACCCCCGGGGCCCUGUGACCCCGUGCAGGAGGACCAUCUCCAUCCACCGUCCCCCUCCUGGCUACUCUGCUCUCAGGCCACCCAGGGGCAUCCAUU